UUCAGAAAUGCGAGGUCUAGUAGACUACGGCAGUGAUAGCGGUAGUGAGACAGAAGAAAACACGCCAAAAGAUGAUAAUGAUGCGACGAACUCGCUUCCUACACCACACCCACCACUCCCCAAAGCAGAUGGACAGGAAGACUCAUACUUUGCUGCCGAUGAUGUAUUCGACGGGUCAUCUUCUUUGAAUUUGCCUUCCGUAAUUGAAACUGGGGUGAACAUAGCUGCCGAGGGAGAAUUGGAAGACAUCGUCAAGCCAAAAGAAUGGGAACUGAAAAUGGCUGAAAAGGAGAAGCGCCGUAGAGAGAAGAAGGCAAAAAGAAAACAAAGAAAAGAGAAGAAGAAGGAAAAGGAGGAUGAAAAAAGUACAGUGGAGACAUUGCCAGUCAUCCAUGGGAAGCCAAAAGGCAAGGCAAAGAUUGCCGCUUUUGGCGCUUUGAGUGCUAUCGCUGAUGGAGUCAGCAGCGACAGUGAUGAGGAGCAGAAAAGUGAGUCCGUAAGCGCGCCAUCAAAGCCGAAAGGAUCCGGUCUCUUGGCUAUGCUACCAACUCCAAAAGGAAGAUCAAGAAUCAACAUUGGGAAUGUGAGUGGUAAAGGAAAUGGAGUUUUGCUACCACCGUCGUUAAGGAACAAGACGAAACCCACGCCGGCUAUCAAGCCAAUACAACAAUCUCCAACAUUAAAACGUUCUGCUCCCGAUGCUUCGGACGAUUCAGACGAUGAUUUGCCAACUGACUUCUUUGGAUUAUCGUCAGCUCCCGAGCCUAAAGUUCCUAAAGUUGGAGACAUUCCGCUUGUUACUGCUGCUGUUGAUCUCGUGGGGCCAUCUCCACCAGUAAAAGAGGACGACAAUGUUGCUGCUUAUGGAUAUCCUGAAGUUGAACCCUCUUCCAGUGGAGCGGCAGCGCCGGAACCUGAGGGAGUCAUCACUGAUGAGGAAGCCCAUCGUCUCAUCAUGAAGUAUGAAGUUACACCGAUGGGACUGGACCAGCGUAGUUUCAACUCUGUAGCUGCCGAUAUCGUAGAUAUCCGCGUAGAUGAUGCCUUGGGACCUGAUGUACAUGCGAAUAUCUUGAAAGGUCUACAUCAAACUGCGCGCGCCAGAGAUGCCACAGCUCCACUGCCAAAAUCGAAGAAUCCUGCAGACGUCAACGCAAAGAGGAAACAUCAAAUUACUUACUUGGCGAACCUUGCUGUUGCUCGAGAGGAAGCGUUGCAGCAACAGUGGGCCGAAAGCAAGCAGAUGAGAAGAAUGGGACGACAGAAAUAUGGCUUUUGAUAACGAAAACACAGCCGUGAAGAUCAAUCAUUUCUACCUCAGUGUAGUGUAACUUCAUCAAUUUAUAGUAUUUUUUCAAUAUGCGAAGUCUUGUACUUACUUUGUAAAUUUUUACUAUACAUAAUCUCCUAGUGUGAUGUGAAGUUUAUAAAAUUAUCGAAAGCUC